AUGGGCAGUGAGUCUACGAUAGAACAGUCAGUGUCCCAGACUCCAUCGUUUACUGCGGCUUCGGUUUGCGGUGACGGGAUUACCGCAUGGGACGAAGGAUGUGAUGAUGGCAACACUGUCUCCUACGAUGGAUGUAAUUCGCAGUGCCGGGUCGAGAGACUUUGGACUUGUGUCAACGACGUCAUAACAACCAAGUCGACAUGUACCUUGAUUGCUCCGCCUGCUUUUUCGGGUAUACAGAUUUCUGCAAACACGAGUUACACUGCCUCGUAUUGUGAGUACAGAAUCACAGUCCUGGCGAACUUCUUCUUCCAGACAGCGAUCAAAGUCUCAAUUCAGGGGUUACCGUUACGCACAAACGCGAGUCUCAUCGACGUGUCAGGCUCAGGAGUGGCGAGGGAAGCCUCCUGGAACCAGACUUCGAAUACCCUUGUGGUCGAUGUUACAAUUCCUGACCAAAACUACUUGUUUUUCACAGUCGCAAGCCUUAGCCCUCCAACUCCCAGCAGCUCAGUCGAUAUCCAACUGUAUUGUUCCUUGUGUAUCGCAGACUUGCCAGGACGACCAGUUCCUUCCUUGUCUGUGACGCUUCCGCUCUCGUUCCAAGACCUUCCUCCACAAGUCUGUGCAGAUUCCAAUUUUGGACCCAGCUGUCAGUAUACCUGCUACGGCACAAUUGUUGGUGACAAGUGCGUGUGCUCCAAAGGUCAGUUCGGUUUCCUAUGCAAUCAAGUUGCAACAAAGAAUGAGUUGUUGAGCCCUCCGCCAAAGUUGGUUGACCCCGUUGCGCCCACAACGAUCACCUCUGCCGCUGGAAUCGGCGUGAGCAUUCCGGCAGGAGCAUUGGGAGAGGGCCUAACAAUCUCUGUGGAGGUCUAUGAGCUGCCGAAUCUUGACGUGGGGGCUCAAGCAGGUGUUAUAGUUCCUGCUGGACCUAUUGUGCAGUUCGAGCCCUCAGGAAUUCGGUUCCAAAAACCAGUCGAGAUCUUCACGCCAUUCAAUCCCAGCAAGAUCCCUGCAGGAAAGAAUCCGACUAUCUUCUACAACAACGAAUUGGCAUUUCCUCCUUGGGAGCGCCAGGAAAGCGAAGUUGUGCCCGGCAAAAACCUCACUCGCGCUGCAGUCAUGCACUUUUCGGGAUACAUGACCAUGGGAGCAGACCCUCCGGUCAUACCAUCGCCUCCAGGCAAUUCGACCACAACCAUCACCAUGACGAGCUCUUCUCCUCUUCCUGCAGCUGAUGCACCCACAAAACGCAUCAACAUUGGGCUCAUAUUAGGCCUCAUCGGUGGAGGAGUGGGCGUCCUUGUGACGGUAAGUGCGUCGAUGACUGUAUACAAAUUUGCGCAUAAGAAGGAUCUGGCAUCAUUGGGGCAGAGAUCUGAAGAGCCGAUGCCAGAGAUGGCAGACAGAGGCAUUGCAUCAGCUGCUCUCGUCUUACGGGAGAGACCUGAAGAAGGAAACAGAUCACCUCGUGCAUCUUCCGAGCAGCAAGCAGUACCUGCUGAAGAAGCAAGACAGGGACAGCUACCAACAGCAGAGGGUCAAGCAGCUCAGGAGGCGGAUGCUGGCAUUGACAGAGUCUUGGCGAGUGGUUUACCUCAGGUCGACGAGGAGAUUCAGCCUGUCUCAGCUGAUGAUGUCAUGAUGGUUGAGAGGUCGCACAUAAGCUCUCCUUCCCAAGAAAUGUUGUCAGAUCUUGACCUGAACGAGAUGUUUUCUUUUCGAUUCCCUAGAUUACCGUUGGAGGGUAUCAGAUUUGUAUCGGACCUUGCCUUUGCGAAGCAGGAUCUUGAAUCGACGCCUCGGCACAUAGAGGAGGAUGACUCUUCAUCGGGCGAGUCCACUGCGAGAGGAGUUCGCUCCAUCGUCUUGUAA